ACAGUAUCACGGUCAUGGUGAGAAAGAAAGCGGGUAUCUGUGGCAAAUCCUUUUUCAGCAAUCGUAAUACCGACCACAUCUCGAGAAGGCGAUCUUUCUGUAACUUACGAUGGGAGCUCAACAUCACAUGAUUUUGGUAGUGAGGGGACGGGGACACCGCUCAGGAGGACGCAUAUAAGAUGAAAGGAUCUAAGGAAUGGUGGACUCGCAUCCACUCUGACUCCAGGUGAGGCACUGGCAGGAUGUCCAUGAUUUCCACAUCGUUCCUUGCAGGCUUGCAGGUCAGCCUGUAUUUUAAUGUUGCUGGGUUAGCACUCUGGGUCUACGACUAUUGCAUCACUUUGGACGUUGAGAUGUGCUGGAUCUGGGGGGGACGAUGGAAUGCCACGCUCAUUCUAUUUACAGUCGCCCGUUAUCUGCCAUUCGCAGGUUCCAUUUUGACAGUACAUUCUUAUCCUCAAACACAGCUGCAAACACAGCUGCAAAGUGAAAUAUAUGUUGUUGCCUCAUACGUCAUUCACAUCUUCGGAAUUGUUGCUGCAGAAGGGUUGCUUGUUCAGCGUACCUAUAGAUUUUGGAAUGGUAGCAAACGAUUGCUUGCGUGGCUUCUAGGAUUUGCCGCGAUCUUAAUCGUCUUGGCUAUCUUCGUGUCAGCCCAAGAGGGGUCUGCUAUGGCCGUCUACCCAAAUCCCAAUAGCAGGAAGAACGCAAUGGUUUAUGGAUUUUUAUUGCUGUUCGAGAUUGUCCUGCUGUGUUUGAUCAUAUGCAGUUCCAUGACCAUGGCCGUCUAUCGCAAAGCGAUGAUUUACAUUAGCUGUAUCAUCUCGAUGACACUGGUUAAUAUCAUCGUUACUAUUGUAGCGCCUAUUGCGUACAUAUAUUCACUCCUGACGUUGCAGGCCGUUAUGCACAGUGUCCUUGCAUCACGUCUCCUCUUUGACUUUCGCCAGACGGAAGCCGAAGAACUCCAAAAUGCGAUGCACAAGCCUUUAAUGGAGGACCUUCAUGUUUAUGCCAUCUCCCUUGUUGGGAGAGAUAGUGCAGGCGGAGCAUCUUAUGUAGACCUCUGGAAUCGAGGUGAUAAAGUUGUGUGAGGUUUGAUUGUCUAUUAUUUUCUACAAUACCAUGUAUGAUUUGAACGUUCCACAAACUUUUACUCAGCACGAUAUCCGAAUAUAGGUUUCUGGAUUACACAUUCCAGCAAACUUAGGGGAGAAUACAUGCUCGAAAUCACAUUAUAAGCAUCAAAUCAUC